GAGAGAAGGGAGGGAGGGAGAGAGGGAGCGAGAGAGCACGCACAGAGCGAGGAGGAGGCGCAGGAGAGAAGAGGGAGGGAGGCCAGCGAGGGACAGGACAGGGCGGAGAGGCGGAGGGGAGCUAGGGAAAGCCGGGGAGGAGCGAGACUGGCCGAGGGAGGAGGGCGGGCGAGGCGGGAGCGCCGGCCGCCGCCGCCUCCCGGCCUCUUUUGUCCCUUCCCUCCUCUGCGUCAGGCUCCCCUGGCCCGGCCUCCCCCUCCCGCUCCCUCCUCCGCCCCGCUCCUCCUCCCUGGGGCUGGAUGGAAUUUUUUCCCCUGGACCGGGGCCAGCUCCGGGGCAGGGGGGAAGCCAGGCCGGACUGGGCUGGGUGGUGGGGAGGGGCCGAGGCGGGGGGCCUCCUGGGGAGGGGGCUGGUCCGACGGCCGCGCCGCCGGCGGGGUCCGGGGAGGGGGAGCCCCGGGCCGCAGAGCCGGGGAGGAGGCGCCGGCCGGAGGGAGUCGGGGAGAAGGGAAGGAGGAUGGCGGGGACGGCGGGAGGAAGGGGAGAGGCCGCCGUGCGGCGAAGGCGGGGAGAGGAUGGAGAGCGCUCGGCGGCGGUGGGGCCCGGCCUGCGGGCCCGGGGCGGCGGAGGAGACCCCUUCCCUGCGACGCGGGAGCCGCGGGAGCCACUAUGAUGAGAGAAGCCACCUGCAUGACACCUUCACCCAGAUGACCCACGCCCUGCAGGAGCUGGCUGCUGCCCAGGGAUCCUUUGAGGUUGCCUUCCCUGAUGCUGCGGAGAAAAUGAAGAAGGUCAUUACACAGCUUAAAGAAGCCCAGGCUUGCAUCCCUCCCUGCGGUCUCCAGGAGUUCGCCCGGCGUUUCCUCUGCAGCGGGUGCUACUCCAGGGUCUGCGACCUCCCGCUGGACUGCCCAGGUGAGGGGGCGGGGCCUCGGGGUGCAGGAGACCAACCUGAGAAACGGGACCAGAGCACCGAGGGGCAUGAGCUGGUGGCGAGGCCAGACGUGGGCGGGGCCCAGCGAGUGAACCCUGCUCCGUCUCCAGUUAAGGAUGUGACAGUGACUCGGGGCGACCAGGCUAUGUUUUCUUGCAUCGUGAACUUCCAGCUGCCAGAGGAGGAGAUCACCUAUUCCUGGAAGUUCGCAGGAGGAGGUCUCCGGACUCAGGACUUGUCCUAUUUCCGAGAUAUGCCGCGGGCCGAAGGAUACCUGGCGCGGAUCCGGCCGGCGCAGCUCACGCACCGCGGGACGUUCUCCUGCGUGAUCAAGCAAGAUCAGCGCCCCCUGGCCCGGCUCUACUACUUUCUUAACGUGACGGGCCCGCCCCCGCGGGCGGAGACAGAGUUGCAGGCCUCGUUCCGGGAAGUGCUGCGCUGGGGGCCGCGGGACGCCGAGCUGAUCGAGCCCUGGAGGCCCAGCCUGGGCGAGCUGCUGGCCAGGCCCGAGGCUCUGACGCCCAGCAACCUGUUCCUGCUUGCAGCCCUCGGGGCCCUCGCAUCAGCGAGUGCGACAGUGUUGGCGUGGAUGUUCUUUCGAUGGUACUGCAGUGGCAACUAACAAAGGUAUCUCUUUCCUCCUUCCGUAUCCUAUUUCCAUCCUGAAAAUAAAGAAUAUAUUUCAACUCUA